AUGACUUUCGUCGAGCGCUCACCUGCCCAGUUGGGCGGCUUUUCUGGCGCCGAGUCGAAGCCGGCAUGUCUGCGAGUCUGCGAUUUUCGACCAAACUUCUCGCCCGCCUCGGCCACUCAUCCGAACCGGACGUGGCGCUUGAAUGGUCAUCUGGCCAGCUUCGAAAAGGUCGACUACUCGUCAACCGCUUUUCCCUCCUCUUCACGCUCUCGUCCAGAUUUUGCUAAACCUCGUUCUGACCACAUCGUCGGCUCCGCAAACCGUCGCGUGGCCAGCGCCUCGGACCAACUACGAGUCGAGUCAAUCUGCACUCUCGAAGCAGCGGCGGCGGGACUCGGUCAACCCAGACCGGACUCGGACUUGUCGGUCGCUAGGCGCUCUUUCCCGGGCCCGGCCUCCGAGCCCCGAGCGUGGGAGGCGCGAAUCUCCCUCGGACACAAUCACCAAUUGCCCCAUUUCCGGCCGGUAGUUGACGUUCACUUGGCCAGUCACUUCGCCGAGUCGUCCGGCAACCAGACAACAAAGACCGGUUGCCAGACGACCGCUCGGACGGGCCAUUUCGAGUCGCAUGCCAUCGGGUCGUCCGGUCCCGAUCGUCACGUCUGCCUCUGCCUUCGGUCCAACGACUCCGCCAACGGGUCUCGGAUCGGUCGCGUCAGCGUCAGCAACGCAUCCCCGAGCCCCACUACACUGCGUCCCCGGCCGUCCGGUCGGACUCGGGCUCGAGUCGAACUCGUCGACCGUCGGGCCAGUUCCGCGGCCGGCGGCAGACUCGACCUGCCGCGCUGCUCCUCUUUGGCGUCUGUCGGCUCGCCGCCGAGUCCAUCCCGGCCCGACGGCGCCGGGGCUCGGUCACCGAGUCCGGCCGCGAGGCGUGAAAUGGACGCUGCAUCGGCCGACCAACUUGGCCCUGGCUCGAGGCCGGGCGAACCGGCUUCGCGGCCGACGGAGGACCGGCUGGACGGCGGACAGGCCAAGGCCGACUGGGCGCUGGGGCUGAACGGGUUGUCAUGGCACGAGGCAGACGACGCCAGACAGGCGGGACUCGCCGACGUCGCGGCAACUUCUCUCGGACGCUCCGCGGAAUCGCUGGCCGGUCUGGGCGUUCACGCGUGGAUCGGCGCUUCAGCCGCUCCAUCCGUUCGCCAAGUCAGCACGGACGCCAAGAUUGAGAUUCGAAAAGGUGACUGGCACCCAAACAUGGCCAGGCUUUCCAUACCAUUUUCCCCAUUAUUAGGAGUAGUGAGAAAAUACUUACAAACUCUAUAA